AUGCGGUCACGCGGCCGUCAGCCCGAGUCGGGCAACCAGAUAUCCACACAACCUAGCGGAGCCACCGAGCGCCGGGGGUCAUCAUCGUCAUCAUCGGAUGACUCACAGCAUCACGAGUCAUCGCCUCGACUCGCAGCAUCACGAGUCAUCGCCUCGACUCGCAGCAUCACGAGUCAUCGCCUCGACUCGCAGCAUCACGAGUCAUCGCCUCGACUCGCAGCAUCACGAGUCAUCGCCUCGACUCGCAGCAUCACGAGUCAUCGCCUCGACUCGCAGCAUCACGAGUCAUCGCCUCGACUCGCAGCAUCACGAGUCAUCGCCUCGACUCGCAGCAUCACGAGUCAUCGCCUCGACUCGCAGCAUCACGAGUCAUCGCCUCGACUCGCAGCAUCACGAGUCAUCGCCUCGACUCGCAGCAUCACGAGUCAUCGCCUCGACUCGCAGCAUCACGAGUCAUCGCCUCGACUUGCAGCAUCACGAGUCAUCGCCUCGACUCGCAGCAUCACGAGUCAUCGCCUCGACUCGCUUCGUAGUUCCAAACUCGCCCGUCGUGCUUUCGCAAGAAUCCCCUUCCGCGCAGCAUCUCCGUCGCAAAUGGCCACCUCGCGGCGGGCCGUCACCCAAGGGCGCAGCGGCAACUUGAAGCUCUCCACGGCGGGGCUUCUCCCCGUGCUCCUCCUCGCAUUGCUGCUCCCGGCACCCCCCGCAUCCGCCCGCCGCUGGUUCUGGAACGACGCCCUCUUCCCCGUCGCCCCCGCAGGGGAAACGAAACCCUCCGCCGCGCUCUACGCCGCGGAGUCCGACGGAGCGGCGGCGGGGGCUGCCGCGGCGCCAGCCCCGGCGGCGCCCGCACCGGCGGCGCCGGCGCCGGCGCCUGCUCCUGCGGAGACGUGCGAUGACGCGCCUCUGGACCCUUUCGUUGCGUCCAGAGCCGCGCCUGACCCGUGUGCUAAGCUGGCGGCGGAGCUGACGCGCAGUGCGGGAGAAUUGGGGAACAAGACUGGAGGGACAGGAUUCGCGGCUCCUUCUCUCUUCCGCGCGUGCCACUCCACGUUCCUGUUCAGGAAGAAGUGCGACGGGGCGGACCUUCAGUCGAUCGCGAACGCGUUUGACAAUCACUACGUGUACAAGCACAUCGCCGUUGACUCGCCAGACCAGACGAACCUGCCGAGCAGCAUCGAUAUUGUCGCGGACCUGCGGAAAAUCGUCGCGAACGGCGAGAAGGGGAAGUACGCGCGGCUGGUGGACGCGCACAUGGCGGCGUACAGAGCGACCCUGGCGCCACGCCGAUAUGUCACUCCCAAGGGUAUGCGACAUGUUGCGAAGACUCUGCACAGUUUUGAAUUUGACCUUUACGAGGGCCGACAGGUGGUGGGUAUUAAUUGGGAGAAGGCGGAAGAUUUCAUCCUGAAUUGGGCCGACAAGAAUGUGGGCUCCUUUCGCAAUCGCGCCGCGCGAUUCACGAAAUCCUUUGCGAGGAAUGAGGCGGAGGGGACUCUGAAAGGGACGAGCAUCGUCCAGGUAUACCUGGUGGGAGGCAACACGGCUGUGGUCUGGAUUCACCAGUUCCUUCCCAGCGAUGCGGUGUCAAAGGCGCUGGCGGAGAAGAAGGUCAACGCAGAGAAGUACAUGGUGCAGGAGGUCGCCAAGGCUCUCCAAACCGCUGCAGCAUCCAACGCGUCGCAGAUCAUAAUAGACGUGCGUGGCAACGGUGGCGGCUACACCACAGCAGCAUACACAGCCAUCCGCCUCCUCAUGGGGGCAGCAAAGGUCCCCGACUCUGAGUUUACCCUCCCCUUGGAUUUCAUCAUCGGCACGCAGUACACUGAGAAUGCCAUCAGCCUUCUUUCCAUCGACCCGGCAACGCAAUACUGCAUAGGAGUGUACGCCGACCUCAAUGGGACCGACCUCUCAAGCGCGCUUCACUUCGCGCCUAUCCGCGAGCUCCGCUUCACAGAGGCCGGCCGUGCGGGGAACUACUCGGCGCUGUUGAAGCAAAACAAGAAGUUUACUGGGAAGGAGCAGCAGCCGGUGCUUGGCGACCGCCCCUUCCUGGUCCUGUCGGACGGAAACUGCUUCUCCUCCUGUGGCAUCCUCACGCACGUGCUGGGGAAACGCCACAAAGUACCCAUGGUAACCGUGGGUGGUUUGCCCAAUCAGCCCCCUGAUGUGGGCUCCUCAUGCCUCGGGUUUACCGAACAUAACAUCUAUUCGAUGGCACCAGGUCUCACCAAGCUCGCUGCCUUAAUGCCACAAAACGCGUCGCUGCCUCUCAAGGUGAAAGGGGCAGUUGGCAUGGCGUUUGCUAAUGGGUAUGUGGAUUCGGAGAUUCCGUGCGAGUUUGAGUUUCUGCCCAGCCAGCAUCACAUCAACUACACCGUUGACCUCAUUGACAAACCCUGGGCCAUGUGGAGUGAGGUGGCCAAGCUCUUUGCCUCCGCUGCGGCCUAG